AUGGCAGCCGGACCGUCAUGUUACAGGACGCCUUCCUCCGAUAUCUCCAUCCUUUACACUUUCCUUCCAACCAUCAUCAAGUCUCGCCUGCCCGUCCUCACUUCACUUAGUCGAUCCUUGGAGAUGACUUCGAUCCGCAAAUCAACUCCAUCGCACCCGCGACAGAUAUCCGAAGGCUCUCUGCAUGGGAUUACGAGUCCGACUAAUGCCUACAUCAAUCCAGACAACGAAAUCGUGACGAGAGAGCAGCUGUGGCAGGUAGCACGACGUCCGCGAGACACAAGUCCGGAGAACAGAACCUCUUCUACAGCUUCCUCCGCGGCUUCGUCCCGAACAAUGGCUGCGCCAUUUGAGCGUGCUCUGACCAGCCCCAUUCACGAGACCGGUACUGGCGUGGAAUGGGACACAGCUGUCACAGCUCUGAUGUUACUAUCGAGGGCUUGCACAAGAGCGCAACAGACGGACUCAAAGCCUGAAAACACCCGAGCACUGAUUAUUGAUGCGAACAAGUGGCUCUUACGAUCCUUACCCGAGGACUUGGACCCAAGCCAGCUUCAAGAGAUCGAGGAGGUAUUACCGGUGGGGUUGGAUAAUCCAGAUCGCGUCUGUUGCCGACAAGCCCGUAUUAGAUCAACAGCCUCCCAAGCAGAAAAGCGCUCAUGGCUACGUCGUUCCAUUGCCUUUACCAUCCUCCAAACGUCGUUGUUGAUAGCUCUGAUCAUCCCAUACAUUACAGCUUUCGUCAGCAGCUGCUACCGCCUUGAACGUCGGCAUCACCUCACCGAGCGAUUGCUGACAGGUGGGAUUGACAUCACCAAUGUCGUUGGUGACAGUGGUAUGGAGAUGAAGGAUGCCAUGGCCAGACUUGGACGGGGAAGACUGGCGAAUGCCGUGGUGGAGACAGGGGGGUGGGUCUUUGAGUCGAUCAUUGGUGGAGUCAGUGACGGAGCAGGAGUAGGGGUGGCUAUUGUGGGUGAAGCAAUACUUGCUCAGGAAAAGAAGCAGGUGGAAUGA